AUGGCUGCCGCGCAGCCAAGGUCUGUCUUGGUCCUUUACGGCUCCGAGACGGGUAACGCGCAAGAAAUUGCCGAAGAGCUGGGCAGAACCUGCCAAAGGCUGCAUUUCCAGAGCACUGUCGAGGAAAUGAAUGCCGUCGCAUUGCCAGCACUGUUGCAAAAUGAGCUCGUGAUCUUUGUCAUCUCUACCACUGGGCAAGGUGACAUGCCGCAUAAUUCCACUCUACUCUGGAAGAGGCUUCUGCAAAGAAGACUGCCCGCAGACUGCUUGACGCAGGUUCAAUACACCUGCUUCGGGCUGGGCGACAGUACAUAUCUCAAAUUCAACUGGGCUGCGCGCAAAUUAAUUCGGCGGCUGAGCCAGCUUGGUGCCUCAACAUUCUUUGAUACGUUCGAGGCUGAUGAGCAGUUUCCUGAUGGAAUCGAUGGUUCGUUUGCUCGAUGGUCAGAGAGCCUCUCGAAGCACUUGCUGGAGAAAUACCCCCUCCCCGAAGGGCUGGAACCGAUUCCCCAAGACGUCAUACUUCCACCGCGCUGGUCACUGGAACCAGCUCUACGUGACAUUGAGACACGAGAGAAUGGUGUCUCAUCUCCCCACGCUGCUCCGACCAAUGACCCUCCUAUAGAUCUUCUGCCUGUGCUUGGUGGCUGGACUGCCACCGUCGCCGUCAAUAAGCGCACGACCCCAGAGUCCCACUGGCAGGAUGUCCGUCUGGUCUCUUUCGACGUGCCUCCAAGAUCCAAAGGCGCGCCAGAAUCCGACGGCAACACCGCGACCGAGAUGCUGCGAUGUCAACCGGGUGACUGUCUCACUAUAUACCCCAAGAACUUUCCCGAAGACGUCCAGCGGCUCAUUGCCUUGAUGGGCUGGGGCGACAUCGCCGACUCCCCCCUCGACCUGUCCAAAUGCGACUCACUACCGCGUGGUCUCCAUGCACCUCUAAAGACAACCCUGCGCAGACUCCUUCUCAACAACAUUGACAUCACCGCCAUUCCGCGGCGGUCGUUUCUCAAGAGCAUGUCCUUCUUCUCCACCGACGCCUACCACCAGGAGCGCCUGCUGGAGUUCAACAUGCCCGAGUACAUUGACGAGUACUUUGACUACGCCACGCGCGCCCGGCGCACCAUCAUCGAGGUGCUCGAAGAGUUCACCUCGGUGCGCCUGCCCGCCGCGCGCCUCUUUGACAUUUUCCCGCUGAUUCGCGGGCGCGACUUUAGCAUCGCCAGCGGCGGCGACCAGCUCUACCCCGGCGGCCGAGCAGCAGUGAGAGCUGCUCAGGAUACUACAGCCUCUGCUACCACUCCUCCUGCGACAAGAGUCGACCUACUCAUCGCCCUGGUGCGCUACCAGACCGUCCUACGCAAGCCCCGACAGGGCCUCUGCUCGCGCUACCUGGCGGACAUGCCCGUCGGCGCGCGGCUCACCGUCACGAAAAAGGACGUGCAGUCGCCCAUCCACGGCGCCGCCAACGCCCAGCGGCCGCUCAUUGCCAUGGCCACCGGCACCGGCGUCGCGCCCGUCCGCAGCCUCAUCCACGAGCGUCUGACACACGCCUCCAUCGCGCCCAUGCUCCUCUUCUUUGGCAACCGGAACCGCGCGGCCGACUACUUUUUCCAAGAGGAAUGGACGGCGCUGGGACGAGAAGCUUCCGGCGCCAGUUCUGCAGAUUCGAGAAGCAGCAGCAGCGACAAUCAGCUGACCAUAUUCCCCGCCUUCUCGCGCGACCAGCGCGAAAAGGUGUACGUGCAGGACCUCAUCCGGCGCGAGGCGGCCACGCUGGCCGCGCUGAUCCCGCAGCGGCCCAUCUUUGCCGUCUGCGGCGGCUCGUCCCGCAUGGCCGACGCGUGCAAGAGCGCCGUGUGGGAGCCGUUCCUGGCCGCGGCGGGCCAGGACGAAGCGGCGAGGGAGGAGCGCAAGAUGAUGCUGGAUGCGGUGACGUGGUGGCAGGAGAUUUGGUAG